GAUCUAAUCGGCAGGAAGCGGCAGGUGUGGAUGUCAUGUGGAGGGCGGUAGUUAGAGAAUGCUGGGGGAAAAGACGGCAUUCAGUUUCUUCACACUCGCCCUGCUUAACUCUCGCAGCUCGCCGCCUCCACCUGUGAGAGGACCUGUACCCAGUGUAUCAUCACAAAGUCUCCAUUCACUUCCAUCGCGGGAACAAGAUGAGCCGUCCGGUGACAGGGCGGCGGGAGAGGCGGUGGUGGGAGUGGAUGUGCCCCUGCUGCCCCUGCCUGUGUCCAGAGCAGGGGGCGCAGUACUUCAACGUGUCGCCCUUCAGAAGGGAGAAACUCCUCUUCGAAUUCAACACUUUCUUCGACGUGAACCGCGAUGGGCUUCUGGAGAAGAGGGACUUCGAGACGGCGGGGGAGAGGCUAUGCAAGAGGGGCGGCUGGCUCCCUGAGGACCCGAGAGCCGUGAGAGUGAACCAGCUGAUGUCGAACCUGUGGCUGGCACUCAGGAAACACGCUGAUCGAAACCACGACGAGAAGGUGACGCGACUGGAAUGGUUGAAGCUAUGGGAGGAGGUGGACCACACUUGGAGCGCGGUGGGGCCGGGAGAGAACACCCACCUGAGGGAAGUAGUGGAGGAGGAGCCCAAGAGGUCCCCGGAGUGGCUGAGGGAAUACUUCAACUACAAAUUCAUGCUGCUGGACGUGUCAGGUGACGGAGUGCUGGACGAGGAGGAGUUCGUGUACAUCAUGUCACAGCACGGCGCCUCAGAGACCGACGCCAAGAACGCCUGGUUCCUCAUGUGCAAGGGUCGCCGCGUUCUGGACCAGGCGGCCUUUGAGCAACUGUGCGAGGAAUUCUUUCUGAGUGACGACCCCACCUCUGCUGGCACGUACCUCGGGGCCCGCCUGUACUUCCUCCCCGGCGAACAGCGGGACAUGGUACCCUGAAGCCCUGCGGUCACUUCCCUUUAUCGCAUCACCUCCCGUUACCUCACCGGCUCAUAACUCUUCUCAUUUAGCCCUCUCUCUCUCUCCUGUUGCCACUACUACUACUACUACUACUACUACUACUACUACUACUACUACUACUACUGCUACUCUCUCUCUGUCUCUGUUGACGCUUCUCUUUCUCUUUUCAUUAUCGUUUUCUAGUUUUCCAUCCAUCAGCUUUCUUUUCUCUUCACUAUUAUGCUCCUCCAUCAUUUAUCUUCCUCCUACUUCAUCCUCCUCGUUCUUCUCCUUCACUGGUGUCCUGCCACUCUGCUUCGUUAUUCUUCAUCACUCUUACGCUGGACUAUUUUAUUACUUUCGUUUCGUUCGUCCUCACUGCUGUACCAUAAAUGCAGCUACACAAACACACACUCUCUCUCUCUCUCUCUCUCUCUCUCUCUCUCUCUCUCUCUCUCUCUCUCUCUCUCUCUCUCUCUCUCUCUCUUGCAAAUCUUUAUUAUCCUAUUCCAGUUUUGAAUUCUUUACCCGGAAACAAUUGUAGCUUUCUUUUUUACUGCCAUCAUCAUUAUCAGCCAAUUAUUCCACAUCAUUUUCCACUCAUCUCUGUCUAUUCCACAUCGGCCCACCAAAGUUCACAGUCUAGUCCUUUCACUCACUCCCGUGUCGUCCAUGUCUCCACAGCCACGUUUGCUACCCUGCAGUUGAGACACCGAGAUUCAGCCACGCAGUUUUCCACACAUUCCGUCCAUCAUUGUAACGCAAGAGUUAACCAGUGUUGACAGUGUUACCGUUGACAAUAGAGCUCCCCGGAACAUAAGCCAUGUCUCUGUGUUGUCUCUCUCUCUCUCUCUCUCUCUCUCUCUCUCUCUCUCUCUCUCUCUCUCUCUCUCUCUCUCUCUCUCUCUCUCUCUCUCUCUCUCUUUUCCGCAAAAAUAGCGAUAAUAACGGCGAUGAUUUUCAGCCGCUUUGUUCUCUUUCUAUAAAGUUAUGAGGGUCUGUCUUCCUCCUCGCCCUUAUUCCAUCCUCAAUCUCCUCCGUGACUUGAAGGGUGUGCAAGAAGUACUAAUGAAAUAUAUAUAUAUGCAUACAAUAUGUUACAGAAUGGAACUAUUUAUUAUAUUUGUGAGUUAAUCAUAGCGGGGAAAAUACAAGUGUAAUACUUAACAUUAAGACGAUAAGCGCUUUAUGUGUAUUAUUCCCUUAUGACCUACGAGUGUAUGUACGUACGUUGGUAACAUGAACCACAAUAUCACAUCAAAUGACUAUCAGAGGACAACGGCGUGGUAACAAGUUGAGGAAAGUAAACAGUAUAAACCUUUUUUUUUCCAAACAACAUUAGGCACCAACUAUCAACAAUAAUAUACUAAUAAUACUUUCAACGAUAACAGUAAUAGUAAUAAUGAUAAUAAUGGUGAUAAUAAUAAUAAUAAUAAUAAUAAUAACGGUAGUAGUAGUAGUAGUAGUAGUAGUAGUAGUAGUAGUAGCAGUAGUAGUAGUAGUAGUAGUAGUAGUAGUAGAUAGAAAAAAAGAAAAACAGGAGAGAGAGAGAGAGAGAGAGAGAGAGAGAGAGAGAGAGAGAGAGAGAGAGAGAGAGAGAGAGAGAGAGAGAGAGAGAGAGAGA